AUGGGCAGGGGGGGGAGGAAGAGGGCUUGCGAUACGUGCCAUGCGCGAAAGAUCCAUUGCGACGGAGCGCUGCCCAACUGUGACUGGUGCAGUCACCAAGGCCUCGCUUGCACCUUUGAGCGUGGCGUCGGCAAAAGGGCAGCCGAGAGAGAGCGGCCGAAAAACAACAAUCGACGGUUGGAGAGUCGUGGAUCAUCUCCCCCUGUCAAUCUGUCCGGAAAGAAUAACGUCCUGGUCUCAAAAGCAUCCGCCACUCGGAAAUCAUCUGCGUCAGGGUGGGCAGUGGCGGAUGAGACGGUGCCAUUGCCAUGGCCAACGUCGCCUCGCGCUUCCACGCAGCCGUCGUUCGAUGUAUCCGGGCCCGCAUACUUAGGACCAAGUCCACUUCAACUUCCACUUCCACUUCCUCUUCCACCGCCAGGAAGUGUAUGUUACCCGCUCCCUUCACCACCAAGCUCUUGUUUCCAGGAGCAUCACCGGUCACCAGUCACUCUUUCGCCAGCAGAGAGCAGCCGGGGAUGGGCCUGGGCCGAAAGUCCUCUUCUCGCGACAGACAGUCGUGAUUGGAUUCGGAGAUGGGCUGGGGAAAGCGCCAUACUGGACUUGCUCUCUCCUAUCCCAUCAGGGGGACCACCAUGGCAGAUAGACCCGCCGCCGCGCCAUCCACGGUUGACAACUAGUGAAAACCUCACCGAGCUCCCCGAGAAGAAAAUAGCAGAGCUAUACCUGCAGCUAUUCCGCUCGACUCCGUUCCGUCUGGUCUUCCCAAUCGUCGACACGGUCCUCUUCCAAGAUACGAUCAACUCCGCCUACACACGAGACGGCAACUCAGCCAUCUCCAGUGCGUGCGUCUUUGCAUUUCUAUCCAUCAUGUCCCAUAUGCCUUGGGGACCUAGAUCAAGCGGUGUCUUCGACGGUGACGCUUGUGCGAGGCAAGCAGAUUCACUGAUGGGCUUGACUAGCCUAGAAACCAGCAUCGUCGAACUUCAAUUCUAUGUUAUGCAAUGCAUGCAGAAACUCUUUUCUGGGAAUCUGAAAGCGGCGACCAUGUGCCACGCCGUUGCGUGCCGUCUCCUGUUCAUGCUGGGCGGGCACCUCUAUCCACAGGAACCACAACCGCCCACCAGAAGGCUUAGCGGGACCGACCUGGGUCGGCGAACCCGAGAGCAUCUGCGGAAGCUGUUCUGGCUCUGUUACACCUUCGACAAGAUCAUUGCGUUACGCACCGGGGAGCCGCCCUGUAUCGACGACGAGCAGUGUGAUCUCACCCUGCCACCUGGCUACGCAGAUCUGCUCUACGAAGAAGGCGACUUUGAUGCGGCGCUCGUGACUGCCAUCACUCUAUUUCCAGGGGACCUCAGAUUGAGCAUCAUCAAAUCGCGUACCUGCAAGCUGUUAUUCAACCAAGUACAGAAGCUUUCCAACUCGGAGCUCCUGCGGAUCGUCCGAGAGCUUGAUGGCGAUCUCGAGGAGUGGCGACUCUCGAUACCCCUUAGCUACCGGCCCACACUAUCCUCUAGUGAUGAUGGCCAUGGAUUCACGCCCGAUAUGGAUUCUACCCAGAAGAUGCACAUUAUUAUGAUUCAUUUAGAAUACCAUCAUCUCAUGGCGACUAUCCACGGUAUCACCAGUCGAUCCUUCGCUUGGAGCGCCGGUGAUGGUGUCAAUCUGGUAAAUCCAGGCCUUGGCAUCAGCUCCAGUCAGGCAUUAUCUGUCGAAGCGAGCCGAGCCAGCUUGGAAUACCUCCGCGUCGCAUCCCAUGCACUUUUAAGCACAACAUUCUGCUCCCACCUAUCUCCCCCCCUCUUUCCUCCUCCUCCUCCUCCACCACCACCACCACCACCAGCAUCCUCGCUAACCACCCACCUUCCCCCCUACAGGAUCGUCGUCUUCUACCCUCUCAAAGCCAUCCUGACCAUCAUGGGCAACAUCCUCCUAGACCCCCUCCAGCCCGCCGCCGAGCGCGACAUGCUACUCUUGGAUUCCACCGCCCGCCUGAUCCAGCAGAUCCGCGCCCAGCGCUCCAUCCCCAUCGACAAUCAAGACAUCGCCCGCAUGGACAGCUUCGUCUCUGAGGUCAUCCGCUCGGGGAAGUCGACUGUCGCGACUGCUGCUGCUGCGAGGAAACGGCGCGAGCGUCAGGCGCAGCCGCAGCCGCAGCAGCAGCAGCAGCAGGGUGGUGGUGGAAUCAUUGACGACGCGGCGGCGAUGUUGUGGUUGUAUGAAGAGGAAGAGGAAGAGGAGGGGGAGGGGGAGGAGGAUGAGGGAAAACGCGUAUCAGAUCAAAAAUCUCCCCUCCCGCUACGGGAUAUUAUCGAAUCUACUAUCUCUAUCACUAUCACUAUCACUAUCAACCUCGGCUACGCUCCUCUGCUCUGCUCUGCUCAGCUCAGCUCAGAUAAUCCUCCGUACAUGAGUUGGUCAACGUUCCAUGCUCGAUACUUUCGCACUCUUGUUAGAAAAACAACGAUGAGCGGCGCUGGAUAUCAUCAGGCUCAAACACCACACAACACACAAUCCUCAGACCCGAAACAAUGCCACCAAGAACCCACAAACAACGAGGUAGAGAUAGGAAAUCCUACCCUGAGGCCUGAGGCAGGAUGUACUACUGAACGUCGUCAAACUGUGCAACCCGCACCUGUAGGUUGA